AUGAUCGACCCCAAAGCCGAGAAGAAAUUGAUCCGCAAGAUGGACCUGCACAUUGUGCCCCUGAUCGUCAUUACCUACAUCUUGAGCUACCUUGACCGUACCAACAUCGGCAAUGCCAAAAUCGCAGGCAUGCCAACAGACAUACACCUCCACGGAACUCAAAUCAACCUGGCCGUUUCCAUCUUCUACGUAACAUAUAUCAUCUUCGAGAUCCCCAUCACUCUCCUGGUCCGAGUCAUAGGACCUUCGAGACUGAUCCCCUGCAUCCUCGUCUCCUGGUCCCUCGUCACCGCCUUCUCGGGAUUCGUGUCCAGCCCUGGCAGCCUCAUAGCCUGCCGGCUGUUGCUGGGAAUGACCGAAGCCGCCCUUUUCCCAAUCCUCAACCUCUACGUCACCCUAUUCUGGAAACGCGAAGAAAUCGCCAAACGCGCCGCAGGGAUAUUCAUCGCGAUCGCCCUCUCCGGAGCAUUCGGCGGUCUUUUCGCCGGCGCCCUUACGGGCAUCGACGUCCACGGCUACCAUGGCUGGCGCUGGCUGUACUUCACCGAAGGAAUCGUCUCCUUCUGCUGGGCAAUUGCAAGUUUCUUCUUGUGGCCUGACUCACCCGAUACAGCAUACUUCUUGAACGCCGAGGAGAAGCAAAUGGCCAAAGGUCGCAUCGAAGCCCAAGCUAAGGACGGGCCCUUCGAAUGGUCCCAAGUCACCGACGCAUUCAAGUCGCCUAUCUGCUGGCUUUCAGGCUUCAUCCAAAUGUGCGCCGACACCUACAACUACUCGAUCUCGACGUUUCUACCGACCAUCAUUAAAGGCCUCGGCUACACCUCCAAGCAGACCCAGUACCACACGAUCCCAAUCUACCUCGUAGGCGCUGUCGCAUUCUUCGGCUUCGCGUGGCUGGCGGACCGCACGCAACGCCGUGCACCAAUCAUGCUGUUCUUCCCACUGUUCACUAUGCUCGGGUACGCUAUCCUCCUUGGCUGGAACGUCGCUCCUGGCGCCAAGUACUUCGCCUGCUUCCUUAUCGUCACAUUCGGGAGUGUCCUGCCCGGUCUCAAUAUCACGUGGCUCAACGGCAAUAUGGGACCGCGGUACAAGCGUGCCACUGCCUUGGCAAUGAAUCAGACUAUCGGGAACUUUGGCGGUAUCAUCUGUGGACAGAUAUACUUGGACAAAGAAAGUCCGCGAUUCGUCACUGGUCAGGCUGUUGCUUUAAGCUGUUGCUGCCUAUCUUGGUCGGGAGUCUGGGUCAUGUGGUGGAUGUUGAAGGCACGUAAUGAUAAGAGGGACGAGAUGGUGCAGGCUGGUCAAGAGGAUACUGGUAAGGGUGACGAGAGCAUCUACUUUCGUUAUCAGUUGUAA